GCUCCCACGGGGAGCAUGCUCAGUUUCCCCAGUGCCGGCAACGGAGGAGGAGCGAGCAGCCGAAGACGCCGCCACCGCCGCUAGCCUGAGGAUGGAGAUGCCGGUGGGAGACGCAGACGCCGCCCCCGCGCGCGAGGAGAGGAAGGCGGCGGCGGAGGAGCAGCAGGAGCGCAAGGGGGCGGCGGGGGGUCCGCCGCCGCCGCGGCCGGAGGGUCAGCCGGUGGGCGUGGAGGGGGCGGCGGCGGCGUUUCCAAGAAGAGCCCCUGGCACUGCGCCCUCGGCUCGGGCAGGUGCCGUAGCGCGCCUGGGCUCUGCCGGGCGCCGGGGCGCAGCGCCCAAGGAGCCGCCGCCCAGGAAGAAGAAGGGUCCCGCGGCUCCGGGGCCUCGGCCGCACCCGCGCAGGAACCCGCGACCCGUAACGGUGGACAGCUCCAAGGCGCGCACCUCGCUCCAGCCGCUCAAGCGCAGCCUCAAGCUGCUGCGUUGGAAAGAGUUUCCUUUUGGCCGCCGCAUUCCCUGUGACAUCUACUGGCACGGUGUCUCGUUUCACGAUAAUGCCAUCUACUCGGGCCAAGUCAACAAAUUUCCAGGCAUGACCGAAACGGUCCGGAAGAUCCCCUUGACCCUUGCCAUGCGGAUGAUGCAGGAACUGUUCCCCGCGGAGUAUGACUUCUACCCACGCUCCUGGAUCCUGCCAGAGGAGUUCCCCAUUUUUCUCGCAGAGGUCCAGAUGAUGAAAGAAACCAACCCCAGGUGGAAGCCCAUAUUCAUUGUGAAACCUGACGGUGGGUGCCAGGGGGACGGAAUCUACCUCAUUAAAGAGCCCAGCGACAUCCAGGUGACAGGGAGCACCCCUUUGCGACCUGCAGUGGUCCAGGAGUACAUGUCCAAGCCCUUUCUCAUUGACAAUCUGAAGUUUGACAUCCGCCUUUACGUCCUGCUGAAGUCUCUGGACCCGCUGGAGAUCUACAUUGCCAAAAACGGGCUCUGCCGGUUCUGCACGGAGCCCUACCAGGAGCCGACCCACAAGAACCUCCACCAGGUCUUUAUGCAUCUGACCAACUACUCCCUCAACGUCCACAGCGGGAACUUUGUCCACUCAGACAGCGCUAACACGGGCAGCAAACAGACGUUCUCCAGCAUCCUGAACAGGUUGUCCUCCAACGGAGUCAACAUCGAGGAGCUCACGGAUGAAAUCAUAUCGCUGGUCAUCAAGACUGUUAUUGCCAUGGUCCCUAACUUGAAAGUUUACUACCAGUCGGAUAUUCCUGCCGGAAAACCAGGGCCUUCUUGCUUCCAGAUUUUAGGGUUUGACAUUCUUCUGAUGAAAAACCUGAAGCCGAUAUUGAUGGAAGUCAAUGCUAACCCCAGCAUGAGAACUGAACAUGAGAAAGAGGUUUCUCCGGGAGUCAUUGAGUACAUCCGAAGCCCUGUUGAUGAAGCAGUCAAAGUCUCUGUCAUCCGGGACACCCUUCGGCUAGUGGACCCACGCAAGAAAAGGAAGGAAAAGACAUUGGCUGAGGCUUCAGAGGCUGAAUGGGAGAGGGAGAAUGAUUUGCUCGAGGAAGGGUCCGUGGAAAACCCAGAGCUGGGUGACAGCAAGACCUCAGAAGCCAAGUUCCCUUCCAUUUGCCUGAGGGAGGUGUAUCCGAAGUACGCAACGGAAUUUGACUAUCUGCGGCUGGUCGACCGGAUUGCAGCUUUGUUCAUCCGUUUCCUGGGCGUGAAGGGGACAACAAAAUUGGGACCCACGGGCUUCCGGAUGUUUAUAAGGAACAGCAAGAUAAGCAACAGUGACUUCAGCAUGGCUUCCGCAGACAUCCUGUACAUUGACAUCACCAAGAAGCGGUAUGGCAUCACUGCUGAUCAGCGAGAUGCAGGGAUGGACUUGCACGCUUUUGUAGAGGCGAUUUGCUUCCUGGCACAGAGGAGGUACAAGUCCCUCUCCCUGCACGAGCAGGUGGAGCUCCUCAUUGACUUCGCGGAGUGCAACUUGGCUGCCCAGGACAAGAAGCGCGCCAGCUGUGACCAACGCGUGGCCCUGGUGACUUGCCACCAGAACAGGCUCCACCUCCGCCCGGCCACCGACAUGCUGGUCAAUUACAGAAGCUCCCGCCCAUGAAAGACUGCGCUUGCUGAUACGGAUUUAAAGGGAGGGCUCUCUUGCACCCCGGGCUGAUCACACAAUGAACUGACACUGGAGGAUGAAGAGUCCAGCCUUAGCCUCGCCUCGCCGGAAAUUCUUCAGUUUGCCUGGAAUGAGGGAGGGGAGCUGGCUGCCCUUGAACUUCACACGGUGGGAGGGGUGGGCUUUGGAAUUGUGCACUAAAAUUAAAAAUUAAAAUCCUA